GUGGAGGUGAAUCCUUUUGGUGAGACGCCUGACGGUCAAGUGGUCUGUUUUGACGCAAAGCUGGCCUUUGACUCUAGCGCUGUAUUACUGCGACAGCCUGAAAUUAGCCAAAUGUCAGCCGAGGAAAAUGCCACUGAAUUGGCUGGUUUGCCAGCCAGCCAUCCAACGCGGCUAGAGGCAAUUGCCGCACAUGCUGGGCUCAGUUACAUCGGUCUGCCUGGCCAAGGCAGAAUCGGGUCGGUAGUAAAUGGCGCUGGGCUGGCCAUGGCCACAAUGGACUUGAUCCAUCUUCAUGGUGGGAAAGCAGCCAACUUUCUGGACUUAGGGGGUGGCGUUAGCCAAGAUCAAGUUGUAAAGGCUUUCGGGAUAUUAACAGGCAAGUCGAACUCAAUAUUAGACUUUAUCAUUACUUUCCUAAGUAUCUAA